AUGGCAAGCAAGAAGAAAGAAGUUCAGCUCCAGAUGGUAAUACUCAAUCAAACACAGUGGGAAGACAUGUUGCUGAAUAAAGGUCUAACAGUAGUAGAUGUUUAUCAGGCUUGGUGUGGACCUUGCAAAGCUGUGGUUAACCUAUUCAGAAAACUGAAAAAUGAAUAUGGUGAAGAUGAUCUUUUGCACUUUGCUGUGGCAGAAGCUGAUAAUAUUACAUCCUUGCUCCCAUUUAAAGAUAAAUGUGAACCUGCUUUUGUCUUCUGUAUGAAUGGCAAGAUGAUAGAUCUCGUAAAAGGUGCAAAUGGACCUCUUCUAUGCAGAAAAAUUAUACACAUGAUAGAACAAGAGAGAAAAAUCAUAGCAGGAGAAGUAGCAAGACCAGAGAUGCAAGAGCUUGUGAUCAUAGAAGAGAAAGAAUCAGAUGAAGAACUUGAAGAAGAAGAAGCUGAAGAGGAGGAAAAAUACACCGUUGUCAUUAUAAAACCUGAUGCAGUUGCUGAAGGAAAAGUUGAAGAAAUUAAACAAAUGGUAAAAAACACUUUUUUAAAAAGAGUAAACACAUCUUGUUGUGAGCAUUGCUUAAACCUGAUGGCUAAUAUAACACUGAAGAUCACCAAUGCAGGCUUUGUUAUACUUGCGGAAGAGGAGAAGGCAUUAACUGAUGAGCAAGUGAGGGAUUUUUAUCAACAAAAAUCAGAAGAGCCUGAAUUCGAAGACUUUGUUUCAUUUAUGCUAUCUGGACCAUGCUAUGUUCUGAUAGUAUCUGAAGGAAAGCAUGAAGUGAUGCCUCUUGUAGAACAUUUGGAAGAAGGGGAAGAAGAGGAGGAACAGCAAUCAGAGGAGCAAGAUAUGCUGGGAGCAGAGAAAGCAGAGCCUCUGAAAAUUGAAAAGCCAACUAGUGUGAAGGGGAUUUUGGAAAGCCAGGCCAUUUUAAAUUUGUGUGAUGUUCAAGAUAGUGUGGAAGAAGCAAGCAGGCAACUUGCCUUCUUUUUCCCUGAUUUUGCCAAGGCAAAGAAAGGCCCAGCUGUUGAGAGAACAUUGGCCUUGAUUAGACCUGCCCUGUUUCAGGAAAGAAGAGAAUCUAUUCUGAAAAGGAUUGAGGAGGAGGGCUUUGAAAUAGCAAUGCAAAAGGAAAUCAACCUAUCAGAAGAGCAAGCACGACUAUUUUACAAGGAGCAUGAAGAUCAAGAUUAUUUCCCAGCUAUUCUAGAAGAAAUGACCAGUGGGCCAACCCUUGCACUGGCUUUGGUACGAGAAAAUGCCAUACAAAAAUGGAGAGGUUUACUGGGCCCAAAGACAGUUGAGGAAGCAAAGGAACAAUGCCCAACUUGUUUACGAGCCGAGUUUGCAAUUGGCAGUGCAUCAAUCAAUCAGCUGCAUGGUAGCUCAACAGCUGAUGAAGCUGCAAAAGAAUUAGAAUUCUUCUUUCCGGUGGAAAAUACUUUGGCUGUCAUUAAGCCAUCUGCACUUGAGGAACAUAAAGAUGAAAUUUUAAAAGAAGUAAAAGAUGCUGGAUUUAUUAUAUCAGAAAUGAAAGAAACACAGAUAACUCCAGAGAUGGCAGCACAGUUUUAUAAAGGGCAUGAAGGAAAGCCAUUUUUUGAUGAUCUUGUUUCUUAUAUGUCUAAUGGUCCAUCAGUGGUGAUGGUUCUAACCAAAGAAAAUGCUGUGGAGGAAUGGCGGAAGCUGAUGGGACCAACAGAUCCAGUUAAAGCAAAAGAAACUCACCCUGAUUCAUUGCGUGCCAAAUUUGCAAAAGAUAUUUUGCGCAAUGCUGUUCAUGGAUCAUCUAAUGCAGAUCAUGCUGUAGAAAGCAUUAAUUUCAUCUUCGGAGAUGUUGAUUUGGAGAGCCUAAAACGCAAAUAUGUUUAUGUCUAAUAGUAUUUUG